AACAAACAGAAACCUCGAUUCUACGGAAGGACUCUGACCGUAACGGCUCACAUUUUCAUCCCAAUUAUUCCACCAGCAAAAAGAAAUGGGACUGCUCUCGAUUUUACGGAAAUUACGCUCGAAUCCGGACAAAGAGUUGCGACUUCUGCUGCUCGGUUUAGAUAAUGCCGGAAAAACAACAAUUUUGAAGUCCUUGGCAAACGAGGACAUCACACAGGUAACACCGACUCAAGGCUUCAAUAUAAAAAGUGUUCAAAGCGAAGGAAUUAAGCUGAAUGUCUGGGAUAUCGGUGGAGCACGAAAGAUCAGACCUUAUUGGAGGAAUUAUUUCGAAAACACUGACGUUUUGAUAUACGUGGUCGAUAGUGCCGACAUUAAAAGAUUAGACGAAACAGGCCAAGAAUUGGCGGAAUUAUUGUUAGAAGACAAAUUACGUGGGGUACCAUUACUGGUUUAUGCUAAUAAACAAGACUUAAGCCAAGCUGUGACAGCGGCUGAAAUUGCAGAAGGAUUGGGAUUGCACAAAAUCAAGGAUCGUGAUUGGCAGAUACAAUCUUGUAUCGCCACCGAAGGAAAGGGUGUCAAGGAAGGUCUAGAAUGGGCUUGCAAGAAUAUCAGGAGGAAAUAAUGCACGCAAAUUCGAAAGACAAUCCUGGAAGGAAUCAAUUAGGAAUCAGGACAUGCAGACAGGAAUCACUUGUCUACAUUUC